AUGGGCUCCGACGCAUCGUCACCAGCACACACGGAAGGCCAGAUUGAUGGUCGCCCCGUCAGCUUCUACUACAAGCGCGCCGACGGCGACAAUGAGGAGACAAAGCUGAGCUGGACAGACGGCUACAAAGUGUAUCCAUCCUCCACAUGGCACGACAUCCCCGCCAAAAGCAUCCUCGCCAUAGCCCCAACAGGGCAUCACAACACGGAAAAGGCGGACUAUCAUUUUCUAUAUGUCGAGGACAACCCCAAUGCACAGGAUGAUACCUCAGCCUCGCCUGUGGUCUUUCGAUCUUGCAUCGUUACGAACCCUCCUUCGUGGCUAGUUCAGGACGAGUCUUUGCCCUCCGGCAAGUCUUGUUUCGAGUUUCGAUAUGAUCGAUCUGAUGUUUUGCCAAACUUCCACAUCGUUGUGUCGACUGGCUCAGGCACGGGACAGGCGAAGUCUGUCUGGGAACAGCUUGUCAAGCCGAUGCUGGACUACGUUCAGCGCAACCAAGACAAGCCCGCGAAUGAGUAUCAACUGCACUUUACUACUUCGGAGUCGAGCGUUGCGGACCUCACCCAGGAUGUUCUCUUGCCGCAAGCCGACCUGGGUGUGGCACAGUCUGUGUUAAUGAUGAGCGGAGACGGUGGUAUCGUGGAUGUCGUUAACACUCUGCUUUCGAGCGAGCGCAGCAAGAACUACAAGAAGCCGAACUUGUCAGUAUUGCCACUGGGCACAGGCAAUGCCUUGGCCCACAGUUCUGGAAUUACCGCAGAUAACACGUUGGGAUUGAAGUCCUGGUUUAAAGGAGAGCCAAAAGAGCUGCCACUCUUCGCUGCCAGCUUCUCGCAAGGCGCUCGAGCUUUGUUCGACGGAGCAAGGCAAGAACGCGAAUUGCAUGCAUUCAAUGGCGUACUAACAGCGCACGGUGCAGUCGUAUGCUCAUGGGGUCUCCACGCCGGUCUCGUGGCAGACAGCGAUACUGCAGAAUAUCGCAAGUUCGGCGCCGAGCGCUUCAAGAUGGCGGCGAAGGAAGCUCUGUUCCCUAGCGAUGGCUCGCCGCCGCACAGAUAUCAAGGCCAUGUUGGUGUCCAACGUUCUGGCAAGAAGGGCUGGCGGACGAUUCGUCAAGGACAGCACGGCUACAUCCUGGCAACCAUGGUCAGCCAGCUUGAGAAAGGGUUCACGAUCAGUCCUGCAUCCAAGCCACUAGAUGCCAUACUUCGUUUGAUUCACUUUGGCCCACUGAGUGGUGAAGGUGCGAUGGACAUCAUGACCAAGGCGUACCAAGGUGGACAGCAUGUCGAAGACGAGCGCGUUGGAUACGAAGAGAUCGAAGCCUUGCGCAUCGAGUUCUUAGAAGGCGAUGCUCGUUGGCGUCGGGUCUGCAUAGAUGGCAAGAUCAUUCGCGUUGAGAAGGGUGGCUGGGUGGAAGUUCGCGCUGGACAGAAGGGCGUCGUCGAUUUGAUCGCAUGA